AUGUUACCCGGAGUGGGAACGAGCAGCCACAACACACGCCGUGCUGGUGCAAGUGUCGCGCGUGUGGACAAUACCGGAGGACGAUUUUCGCACGCACGAGGUAUCGAAACAGAUUUCGCCAAGCGCGGCAAGCACCGAACACCGUCAGGGAGACAGUUUUCACGUUGCGUCUCGACAGUAUCGCAGAACUCCAUAGUUCGUGAAGAGUUCCCCAUGUCUAAGACGGUGGAGACAAGCUCAACGUCAAAACCCGAGACCAGUCCGACGAGACACAAAAGCACCGACACUACGAAUUUUAAUGGUAUCGGACACAUGCCGCAGAAAGAAACUAAGACCAUUAAUGCAGCCCAUCAGAGAGAAGGUUCCUGCAGUAACGCUGACCAAAAAUUCGUUGGACAGACGGGAGCCUCAACAUUAGCUGAAGUAGCGGAGGCUGAACCGAUCACAUGCGGAAACUGCGAGCACGACAUCGACCAGGCAAUUGCACGAGGCAAUUUAGUAUCAGCUUGCUGUGAUGUGAAAGCAACUAUACCGAACACCCUUACUGGGAUGAACUGGAAUGGAAACUCGCUUGGUUCCGGUACGAAGAAGCCUGCCCAAGCUGAAACUACGGAGUCCUCGUCAUCGGUUGGUACAGAACUUCCCGUCGACACACCGAGGCUCCGAGCUACGUCGACGAAGGAGAUUAUCUCAACCGCUUUGACAACGCACGAUUUGCUUCGCUGUCCUAAUGCUAUGUCCACAGUAGGUCGAUUGGAAUGUAAGCAGAAUUCUGACUACAGAGGUACUCAAAGGGAGGGGCAAAGGAAAGGAAACCUGCACUACGACCUACCAGAAGGCGGUGAAUUAACGAACAACGAUGUCAGUGACUGCUUUCACGAUAUAAUAAAGGAGUUACCCAUGGAAAGUAGGAGUCUAGUUGUCAACACCUGCAUGGACCCUUGUGAACACCGCCCAAGGCGUCCACCACAGCCUUCAAGUAUUGAUACCAUAGAUCGAAGCUGUCAUGGUGAGGGGUCCUGCCUUGGCGAAUCACACAGCACGCGCCGGACCGACGAAAGAGGGCUCAAAAACAAUGAAAAUAUAACAGCUGUGCCUUAUUCUGGUCCUAAAACUUUGGGCGAAUCACAUUCCGGUCUUCCAGACGCAAGCAUUCCUGUACUGCUUAACGGCACUCCGAGCAAAGAUAUCGUUGUAAACUUUGUUGAAGCUAUCCUGCCAGCAGGCAUACCAUCAAAGUUCACACGUUUGGCAACGUCAGGACGUGACAACAAAUACGAAGCAGGUGGUCCUAAACAGGACUGUGAUGGUCCUUUAAUGCCUCGUCGUAGAAGAACCCGCAAUACUGGCCAGUCUAAAGAGCAGUCAGCGGAACGACGUCAUGCUGUUUGUGAAGUGAAAAAUUUUCCUACUGACCGCGGUAACCAUGGCGAUGCCCGUUGCGUCAUGCAGGACCUCAGAAGCCAGAGGAUCUGCAGUCUUCCCGCAAUUCUCACCUUCGACGUUCUCACGGCUCCAGAAAUGUUACUUGAAGGCUCCGAGCCAGUUGCAGGAAAGAUAUCGGGAACCCGCAACCGUUCCAAGUCAUGGAGUGAUCUGCAGUUCGGAGCAUCAAACGAAGGUGUCGGAAAUCCGGUAGUCUACGUCCAGAGUGAGAGAUCAGAGCAGCCGAAUCAUGUAGAUGUACGUACUUCCCAUGCCCCAAACAAAGUUAAUGAUGAAACCAAAAAUGCGGAAGAGAAAUGUGCAACGGAGAAGCCUAAAACUGAUGACCAGCUUUUGGAGGUUACAGCACGCCUACAGACCAUUACGCUAACUAUGAGAACUACGAAAAACUGCACCGACGCUCAAAGUGCUUCAAGGCAUGCGGAGUACAACAGCAGCAAAUGCCAGGUUGAGAGUGCCAAUGAAGAACAUGACAGCUAUCUGGCUUCUGGAAGCAGAGUGCCAUGUACGGUUCACAGCGUGGCACCAAUUGAUUUUGAGACGCUUGCCACGAACGACAAUGUGCAGCGGAAGAAUUCGCAAGAGUCAAAAUGUGAUCUUUCCGUCCCUGUGUUGCAAUCCAUGAUGCAGCUGGUGAUGGAUUUGGGUCGAUCAGAAGCGUUGACAAGCGGACAACCCGAAAAGGGGAAGAGCUUCGUGGAAAGUGGAACAGCUGAAGCUGUUCCGGAUAAAGAAGUCGAUAUAUGCAGUUCGUGCAAGAAGUUCGAUGAAGCUUUAACGAGCAAACAACCGAUGCAACGUAAUACGAAGCGGAAUUCAAAACUGGAAUGUUUGACGUUCAAGGACCGUACAUUGAAAAGGGAAGAAGGAGCAGACCAUGACACUGUGCUCGACGAAGCUUCAGACUGUGGGGUUGAUGGAACGCCUCAGCCAAUACAAGAAAACACUAAGGAAACAAAUGAACAGGAGUCACGAACAAAUGAGCGAAGUUUCGAGACAAAGGAAGUGGUUUCCAAUAUCAAGUGGGACGGUGCAACACUGGAGCCAGACAUCCUCACAAUAGGACCUGACUUCAAGGCGGAUCCGUUGAAUGGGUCUGUAGGUCUCAACUACACGGGAGCCGUGAUCUGGUUGCAGUCGCCCUCAGUGGCUAACGGCCAUUGCUCUGAGGUGGAAGAAGAAGAAGAAGUUGCAGUUGCCCCCCUUGCGGAUCGCGGCCAUCUUCCUGGGGAGAAGAAGAAGAAGUUGCAGUUUGUGGCUGAAGAAGAAGAAAAAGUUCUUUGCCUCGUGACUCGAACAGCUAUUACGACACGAAGGCGUGCAACAUCUUCACUACGACGUUCUGCUUCUGAAGGGUUCACUACUAUGGUGAAGGAUAACGACACUGCGAAGGGUUCAACGACAAAGAGCCAUACACAUUCGAAGAAGCGAGGCACGCAUGGCACGACAACGUCAAAGGUGUCUGCGAAAGACGCCGUUAUGGAAGCCACUAAAGAAGGCCUGCCGUCCAGGGCGAAGCAUUCGACAUCGAAAGGGGUACACAAGGCUAGGAGCACCGAAGUCGCUAAAUAUUCUACCGACGCUACCAUGAAGCCAAAGGUAGAAGUAAAGGAAAAUGAACCGACAAAGUCAUCCUGUAAAGGUGCUACGAAGGAUAAAGCAACCAGCUUUGCAGCGCUUCCAGAACCAUCCCCACCUGCUGAUCCCGGUGACACACCGGGCUUGGCAAGUCCAGUGGACGAUACGAAGAUGUCACCACGAUCCCAAUAUGUCGCCAAGCAGGUCAGGAGGAUGACGAGCGCAUCGAUACGUGCGCCCGCGGAGCUUGGGGAAGCUAUCGCCGGACAAGUCCGAGGUGAACGGCCAUCUGAGAAUAUUCUAGAACAACCUAUGCCUGGGGAAGUGCAGGCAACGAAGACAGCUUCAUCGGCAGUCGCCCACGACAAGGGAGAGCGAGAAUCGACGAUUGGCCGCACGGAAUUUGAUAGCGAGAGGAGAAAGUCUUCAGCACUCAGAGACAAAUUCAGCUCAAAGCAGCGACGAAUCUCAACGCUCCGCCUCUUGUGCAUCGUCCUUUGUUUCGCCAUCGUUGGAGUGGGACUCUUCUUCGCCAUUCGUCAUUACUUUAGCACGGUGCUCAUUAUAGAGUGCACGUCUGCAAGGUGCAAACAAAUCCAGAGCGGCAUCGACCACCUACUCGACACCAGCAUCAGCCCUUGCAAAGACGCGUACGGCUACGUAUGCGGUAAAUGGACCAAAGCCAACAAAAGCUAUUUCAUGUUAGAUGUCGUACGUGAUUUCGACAGUUCAAUCUUUAGAGCCAUGGAAUCCAGUACCGGUGUUAAACCCGACCGAUACGGUACGCACGUCUUAGUUAAGAUCUACAAAGCAUGCCUGGACCACAUGCGUUCACCCAAAAUGAAGUUCGGACAAGUCCUAACGCAAGUAAUCAACGAGCUGAAGCUGAGCGAACUAUUACAAGCCGAGACAACUCCGCAAAUACUGAAGAGCCUUCUUGAAAUUGGACUGAGGACGGGUAUUUUUUCGAUCUUCACAGUGGGAUUCCACAAAGUAGGCUUACAAACCUGCUUGCGUCUUGCGCCAGGAACUUCCAUUGCAGGCAAAAUAUUUUCCGCUUUCAACGACUACCUUCCAGAAUAUGCGUUGACUCACAUGGGAGGCUUAACGAAAGAGUUCACAACAACGGUCUUGAAGCAAGCUGGCAUGAGCGCAACAUCUACGGAAGCCGUUACCAAAGAAGUGGCAAUAAUGGACAAGGCAAUUUAUCAGCUCCUAUUGCAACGCACACGGGUGACCAAGGAUUUGUUUCGCAAUCUCGUUGGCUUAUUCGAGGGCACCGAUCCUCAAAUGGUGUUAGGUCUCAUCAACAGCAUCGUACCGACACAGCUGAGAUUGCGAAUCGACGACAGCGUCCGUAUAGUUGGAUUUGAUGUCAUCAAAGCUGUGUACAGAGUGCUGGAGAAUGCAACGUCACCUGGAGGCACCAUAGGGAUUAGGCAAUCGUAUUACGCCAUCAACCUCCUUGCUGGCGUACUAAGAUACGACCUGCUUCGUAGAAGACUCCAACCAAAUGAGUACAGCUUCGUUUGUUUGCGUGCAACGAGCGGCAUUCUGACCCGCACGUUGCCGUACCUUGUGGCCAAAUUAUCUGGACAUGAUGGAAGCGCGUCUGUAGCUCGACGAUUCGCGGAUUCCAUCAAACACAGCUUCUUGCAAGACAACGGAGUGUUGUCUAUGUUCAACAACUUUGCGGCUGAGGAAGCGAGAAAGAAAAUCAGAAAUGUACAAAUAUACACGUACGACGAAGCGGAUUUGGUCUCUGACUUGGAUAAAGAUAUCGAUUACACCGGUUGGAACUUGACGGGGAACUUUAUUUCGAUCAGGAUUAAUGCUAGAAUGAAAGAAGUGAAGAUGCUACUCAAAACCGUCUACAACGAGCGUACGGAUACUCUUCGGAAGGGCCAACUGUCUUCCGUGGUGGAGCACACUGGAGACGACUUGUUCACGGAACCCUUGGUUACGGUACCGACUGCCUUCCAGGUUCCGCCUAUGUUCUAUUACGAAGAUGAAAUCCCGUUUUACUUUAACUUCGCCACGCUCGGAGUUCUGAUCGCAAAUGGGUUACUUCGUUCCGCAUCUAGGACUCUUCGAAGAUUCGGUCAACGACGUCUGUUCCUUUUGGCUUCUUGUCUUAGAAAUCUCACCUUGGACCGGGAACUGGAUGUGGGUGCUAUUGAGAAUGCUAAUCCGUUCGACAGCGAAGCAUUGGUUUGGACGUACGGAGCGAGCAUCAUUUUCUACAUCAUUCGGUCGACUGUAGAAUCUCUGGGCGAAUCUGAGAUGAAAAAAUACUGGAACACAGUUCGCCAGUACUUUUUUAUUCGCUUCUGUCUGCUCUCCUGCGUGUCUAGGGAUGUUUAUGGAUACGACAGGGUCUUCAACGAGCGUUGUGUCCUCCCACUUCUGGUUAACCCCGAGUUUGAGAAGCAUUUCGGUUGCCCAUCGAGGCCAAGUUCUGCAGAUAGUGCUUGCGUGGGUUUAGUGUAAUGCCUCAGUUCAUCCGAUUGACAUUAGUCUUCAUACUUCGUGUAUUCCUGUCAGUAAUCUGGGCACGAGCGAAUGCAACAAUAUGGAAUAAUGUGAAAUAAAUUGUCAAUGUCCCCGA